AUGAGCCACUGCACGAUUCUUGGGAUAUGCGAACAUGAGAAUUGUUUAGAUGUUCCUGAGGAGCGCUGUGUUGAGAGAUUGGCAGCUACACUUACAGUUGCGCGAUGGCGACGGGAAUUGUACUUGCCGGCAGCGGAGUCCUCCGCCCCCCGACUAUACCGGCGAGACCUACCGCCUCAAGCAAAGAAACUCAACCUUGUCAAACAAACGUUGGCUGAAGCUCGCCUCGUUCCGGGUGGUGCGCUCGAGUUGCCCGUGGAUCAGACGGAGAGGCCCUUGGCCAAGAGCUACACGGGCCGAUGCGAGGAGGCUCUUCUCUUCCCCCUUCGAGGCUCACUUGCAGAUGUCGAACUCACGGUUAACGAGACCCAGCGGAUGGGUCGGUCCCAGUGUCUGCUUGUCUGCGGAUGUGGGCUGCUAAGCGCGGGAACGAGGGGCAGUCGGGGGUGGAUGAGCGGCACAGGUAAUAUUGACGCUUUUUGCCCAGGCCUCUCGAUGCUUCUGAUACGCUCAACACGAUGGACGUACGGAUUCGAAAUAGACAUUACAUGCAAUGCGGAUUUAAUGUGGAUUGCAUGGUUCGUUGGAGGUCUGAGAAAAGUGAUGAGCGGACUUAUUGACGUCUUCCUCCCAUGUUUCUACACCCCCUACCCCGGCCCCCAGCCCCAGCCGCCGUUUUGCGUUUUCCCCUUCCCGUCUCCGCAAAGCAGCGGCCGUCGUGCAGCUCAGCUCAGCUCAGUUCUGGAGAAGGUCCAGGCGGUCGAGGGUGUUCGCGCAAGGGAGAGGUCCACCAGCCCACAAACCCACGAACACCGAACCCAACCCCCGCAAGACCCAAUUCUUUUGUCAUUGCUUUGGGUUUCCACUUUACUACUGCUGCUGCUGCUUCGCUCACAUCAUGUUGAGGCUAAACGAUGGGAAGACGAACGGGCCAUCAUCACAUAA